AUGCCGUUUUCUAUUUUUGUUCAUGAGUUUGAUGGUUUGGUUCAUGCCGAUCUAUAUUUGCCAUGGCGACGUGAAUUCAAGGCUGGUUGGGGUUCAUUUUAUAUCGACGCUGGUGCAGAUUAUUCGCGUAGGAGACAAAAGAAGUCCUCAACUGCAAGGCCAAGGGGCCCUGGUUAUGGUUCUAAGGCUUUCGUUCCGAGAUCACCUAGUGGAAGAAGCAACCAGAAGUGGGGUAAGAAAGGUGCCGGGAUCAAGCGAGAUUCGUCUACCUCGACAGUUACUGUGAUUUCAAGGGGAAAUAAACAAACGCUUGGUGCUGACGAAGUGGAGGCAGUUGAAUUUUCCCAGGAGAGAGAUUUUGAGGUAGUUGAAGUCAAUGAUGAAAUUUUUGGGAGGGCUGGUCAAUUAUCAUUGUUGCAUGAGGAGGAUGUUCUAGACACCAACAUUGGGAAUGUUAAAGAAGCAAAUGCUGACACCGAUGAUGAAGUAACUGGGGAAACCGUAGUUGGGGAAAUAGAUACUGAUACUGAUGAUGAAAUAGAUGAGGAAGUUUCUCGACGGUUGAAGUUGGAGUUGGAAGCAAAUCUACGCAGGCAACAGAUAGGGAGGUUUGCAGAGAAAAACUUUUCACUACGAAACAAGCUGUUUGUAUAUCCUCCUGUGGUUAAGCCUGAUCAAGACAUUGAAUUGUUCUUUAAUAGGAGUCUUUCAACUCUAAAUAAUCAGCCAGACAUUCUGAUUAAGGGGGCAUUUAAUGAUUGGAGGUGGAAGUCUUUUACCAUUAGAUUACAUAAAACACGCCUCAAUGAUGAUUGGUGGUCUUGCCGGAUAUAUGUUCCAAAAGAAGCCUAUAAAGUGGACUUUGUGUUCUCCAAUGGGCACAAUAUCUACGACAAUAAUGACAAAAAGGAUUUCUCCAUACCUGUUAACAGUGGAUUGGAUGCAUCCACAUUUGAAGUUUUCAUGCUCAAGGAAAAACAUACAGAAUUAGAAAAACUCGCUAAGGAGCAAGCUGAAAAUGAAAAACGGGAAGAAGAGAAAAGGCAAAUGGAAGCAGAUAAAGCUGCAAAAGACGAGGACAGGUCACUGGCUAGCGUGAAGAUGGAAGGGAGGAGAGAAGCAUUGAAGCAAUUGAUUAAAAAAGCAGUGAAAUCCCUUCACAACAUUUGGUAUAUAGAACCUAGAGAAUUUAAAGGCAAAGACUUGGUCAGAUUAUAUUAUAACAAAAGCUCAGGUCCUCUUACACAUGCUAAGGAAGUGUGGAUACAUGGGGGACACAAUAACUGGAAGGACGGAUUAUCAAUCUCUGAAAGGCUUGUCAAAUCAGGUUCAAAAGAUGGUGAUUGGUGGCAUGCUGAUGUUGUUGUACCUGACCAAGCUUUUGUAUUGGAUUGGGUCUUUGCUGAUGGUCCACCUCGCAAUGCAAGUGUGUAUGAUAACAACCAUCGGCAAGACUUCCAUGCUAUUGUCAUAAAGGCCAUACCUGAUGAAGAAUAUUGGAUUAGGGAAGAGCUGAUUUUAUACAGGAAAUUCCAAGAAGAGAGGAGGUUAAGAGAGGAAGCUAUGUGUGCCAAGGUUGAAAAAAUAGCACGUAUGAAAGCUAAAACAAAGGAAAGAACUUUGAAAAGAUUUUUGCUUUCUCAAAAGCAUAUUGUCUUCACCGAGCCUCUUGAUGUUCAAGCAGGGAGCAUAGUGACUGUAUUUUAUAAUCCUCACAACACAAAUCUUAAUGGAAAACCAGAGGUUUGGUUUAGAUACUCAUUUAAUCGUUGGACUCAUCAAAAUGGUCCUUUGCCACCUCAAAAAAUGUUGCCUGCAGGGAAUAGUACUCAUGUCAAAGCCUCUGUUAAGGUUCCACUAGAUGCAUACAUGAUGGAUUUCGUAUUCUCUGAGAGGAAAGAAGGUGGAAUUUUUGACAAUAAAAAUGAAAUGGAUUAUCACAUACCGGUUUUUGGAGGGAUUGUAAAUGAACCGCCCUUGCAUAUUGUCCAUAUUGCUGUUGAGAUGGCCCCAAUUGCGAAGGUUGGAGGCCUUGGUGAUGUUGUUACUAGUUUAUCCCGAGCAAUUCAGGAUUUAAACCACAAUGUGAACAUUGUUCUUCCAAAAUAUGACUGUUUGAACCAAAGCAAUAUAAAAAAUUUUCAAUAUCACAAAAACUAUUUCUGUGGUGGGACUGAAAUAAAAGUAUGGAAUGGAAAGGUGGAAGGUCUCUCUGUAUUCUUCUUGGAGCCUCAAAAUGGAUUCUUUCAUGCUGGCUGUGUAUAUGGUUGUGGGAAUGAUGCAGAGAGAUUUGGUUUUUUUUGUUACGCUGCUCUUGAAUUUCUACAUCAAAAUGGAUUUCAUCCUGAUAUCAUCCACUGCCAUGAUUGGUCGAGUGCACCAGUUGCAUGGCUAUUUAAAGAACAGUAUAAAAAGAACAGUCUAAGAAAAACACGGGUUGUGUUUACAAUUCAUAACCUUGAAUUUGGAGCCCACUUCAUUGGAAAAGCUAUGGCAUACACAGACAAGGCUACAACUGUCUCCCCAACUUAUUCAAGGGAGGUUUCAGGGAAUCCUGAAGUAGCUCCUCAUCUUCAUAAGUUCCACGGUAUUAUAAAUGGAAUUGACCCAGAUAUAUGGGACCCGUAUAAUGAUAAGUUCAUUCCUGUAUCAUACACAUCAGAAAAUGUUGUUGAAGGCAAAAGAGCUGCCAAGGAAGCCCUGCAACAAAGGCUUGGUUUGAGAAGAGCUGAACUUCCUUUAUUGGGAAUUAUUUCACGAUUGACUCAUCAGAAAGGAAUCCAUCUCAUCAAGCAUGCCAUAUGGCACACUCUGGAGCGUGGUGGACAGGUUGUAUUACUUGGCUCAGCUCCAGAUCCUUGUAUCCAAAAUGAUUUUGUACAUUUGGCCAAUCAAUUGCAUGCCCUUCAUCAUGACCGUGCUAGAUUCUGUCUUUCAUAUGAUGAGCCCCUAUCACACUUGAUAUAUGCCAGUGCUGAUUUCAUUCUAGUUCCUUCGAUCUUUGAGCCAUGUGGUCUUACUCAACUCAUUGCAAUGAGAUAUGGUUCCAUACCUGUUGUUCGAAAAACUGGAGGACUACAUGAUACUGUAUUUGACGUUGAUCAUGAUGGGAGUAGAGCAAAAGCACUAGGUCUUCAGCCAAAUGGAUUCAGUUUUGAUGGAGCUGAUGCUGGAGGCGUUGAUUAUGCUCUCAAUAGGGCAAUAUCGGCAUGGUAUGAGGGUCGUGACUGGUUUAACACUUUAUGCAAGACAGUGAUGCAGCAAGACUGGUCUUGGAACGGGCCUGCUCUUGACUAUCUAGAGCUUUACCAUGCUGCACGCAAGGAUGUAAGUUUUGACCACUGUGGCUCAGACCCUUCAAAUUGUUGUUCAGGUGGAAGAUCGAGCUAUCAUCGUCAGUCCCCAAGUUAUGUAGUGGUUGCAACUCGCAAUAAUUUCCGAGGGGACAAAACUUAG